UCACAAACAAUUUAAUAUUGGAAUAAGCAUAUGUUUUUUAUCCAAUAAUUUCGCGGCUCCAUAUGACAUCAUAAUAUUCUCAUUGUUGCUCCAAUCUGGUCGAACAACGCGACCAUGAGCUCGCCACGAACCAGUCCCUCGAAGGAACCUGAUAAAGUGAAAGUAGCUUUCCAACGUAAGAGCCCACCGAAGCUGCAAGAACUCUGCGAGAUCGUUGUGCAACCUCUGAUUGGCAAGGAAAUGGAUUAUAUCCAGCUGAAAAACUUUUCGAAGGCUGCCUCCCUGGAACUCAGCGAGGUAAAGGCAUGUGUGUCAGCAGUCCAACAGAUCUUGAAGAGUGGAUCUUGCUAUGCUGUUAGCCCCAGUGAUCUUGGCCAAGAACUUGAACAGCUUGGUCUUGACAGGCAGCAUUCUCAAGCUAUUGUGGACUCAUUCUACCUUCUCCACAGAAGAACAUAAUACUUCCAAGUAUCCUACUCUACGUAUCAUGAAAAAAAAAAAGUGUUGAUCUAUCAUUUUAUUCUACCUAUCCUUUGAAAUUUCUCCAUACACAUAAUGCUAUUAUAGCGAAUUGGGGGGAAAUUAAGAAUGUAACUAGAAACCUGCAAAUUUCAAAAGAAAGAAGUUGAAUCCCAAUACGCUUUGAAAUGGGUAUAUUCCAAAGAACGGAAUGAGAUCAUGAAUAGACUCAAGGAUCAUAUGAUUCGAACUGGAAGAUUGACUGAUGUCAAGGCAAGCAAAGAUGGAGCAAAUGGAAUCGUCCUACAUCUCUCACACACAGACUACUGUGAUAUUAAGCGGGAAAACAAUGUUUUCAUGACAAAAGACCAAGCACAAAUUUUCCUGGCUGAACUCAAGACUUUAAAAAAACGAAUGGAACAACUUGAAACUGAAUAAAAUGAGGAAAAGUAUUCCCGAUUCUUCACUAUAUAAGAUGUCUCUUAUGAUUAUUAUAAUGUUGUAAUAAAUUUCUUUAGUAUGAUUAUCAUCUAUAAUAGAUUUUCAUUCCAUGUAAUUGUUUAAAUCUAUAUGUUGGCAUAGUAAAUAAUUGAUUUUAGAAAAAAAAAAUUAUUUAAAGUAUAUUUGUAUUUAGAAUAUUUUCAUUUCUUAUGUUAUAUUGCUACUGUUAGUGCAAAAGGUUGUAUGUAAAAAUUAAGUUUUUUACAGAAGAAAAUAAAAACCGAUUAUUUCUUUAUGAUUUAUUAGUAUAAUUUCACAUUUUAAGUCCCUCGGCUAUUUUCCUGUUUAGCAGACUACUUAUAGCAGUUGCAGACAACAAAAUAUCACCUUUAGUGCAAAGAGAAUAUACAUGUAAAAUUAUUUCAUACAGCCUUUUGCAGUACAUAAUUUUUUUUUAACACUUUAAUCUACCAAUCUAAAACAAUAAAUAAAUAAAACAAUAAGAAUAGUAAGACUUAGAUAAGCUGGAAUAAUAUAUGAUAAUCCCACAACUACUGAAUUAUCUGGAUUAUAGAGUAAAGUAUUUAGUAUUUAACAAUGUAUAACAACACAUACAUAUUUAUAUUUUUUAAAAAUACUUAUGACAAAUUUAUAUUUUAUAACAUAAAUUUUAUAACAGGUUUAUAAGCUCCUUAUAAUUUUGAAAAAGUACAUUAUUAUUUUAUUUUUAUAUUUUAUUGUAUGAGUCUAAUGGAAUAUAAUGGCAAGAUCCUAUGUACUGACUUUCUAUCCUGUGUACUGACUUGGUCUAAGGGAAAAGAAGAAAGUGAGGGGCAGCAUAACUACAGCAUCAGUCAGAUGGACUAUUAACGAUAUAUAUGUUGUGUAAUAUUAUGCUGUAAAACUCAUGAUGAAAUUAGUGAUGUGCUACUGUGAGUUGUCGAACUAUUUUAAGUCAUUGUCACAAGUUUUUUUUUUUGUUGUGUCCUAAAUCUAUUUACUAGAGUACUAUUUCAAAAAAGUUCUGUUGAGGUACACUUUGUGGAUUUAUAUAAUAUUAUAAAAAUAUAUGUUUUUAUUGAAUGAAAUAAAAUACAAGUGAAUGUAAACAUUAAUUAAA